UCACAACUCACAACUCAAACUUUACAGAACAGGCUCGGAAACGUUAAGACUGCCAAACCGCUCGGGCCGUAAAGUCCAAUCCCGAAUAUCUUCUUUCUCUUCCGCACCCCAGAGACGUUUCUCUCUCUAAAGCCCUCUUCUUCGCCUUUCAUUCUCUGCUCGCGCCAGCCCUAAAUCCUGCGAGUCUGGUUCAUAUGUCAACAUCCGGACCUCCACAAUUCCGAUACACGCAGACCCCAUCCAAGGUUUUGCAUCUCCGCAACCUGCCAUGGGAGUGCUCGGAGGAAGAGCUGGUCGAGCUCUGCAAACCAUUUGGGAAGAUCGUCAACACCAAGAUCAAUGUUGGCGCCAAUCGCAAUCAGGCCUUUGUGGAAUUCCCCGACCUAAAUCAGGCAAUUCAAAUGGUUUCCUACUAUGCAUCAUCAUCUGAGCCGGCACAAGUUCGUGGUAAAACUGUGUAUAUACAGUACUCGAACAGACACGAGAUUGUCAACAACAAGAGUCCAGGCGAUAAUCCCGGUAAUGUAUUACUGGUGACUAUGGAAGGGGUAGAAGCUGGUGAUGUCAGCAUUGAUGUUAUCCACUUGGUAAGUUUACUGUUUCAAAACCUACGUACAGUUUUCGGUUAAUGAUUAGCUGUCCUGAGGUCGGCUGAAGGUACAAGAAUGGAUUUCAGUUCAAAGGAGGAAUUUGGUAUAGAAUAAUUUAUAAUUGGGUUUCCGAGCUUGGAGGCCAUAGUCACAUGUUCAGAGAAGCACUUAAGUGAUUCGAUGGGGGUGCUGGCGUUGUUAUAUAACUUGUAAAGGAACAUUUUCGGUUGAAUGUCGUUGGUCUCUUCAUUUGGCCGAAAGGAUAAACAUAAUAGUAGCAAUGAACUUUCAGCUGGGUCUGGGAACGAUAUAGGCUUUAAAACAGGAAUGUAUCCAGUGUUGUAGUGGCAUGUAGGAUAGUGACGUUCUGAUGAUAAUUGCAACUCACAUGGGAGAGAUGUGGAAAGAAAAAUGAGAAAAAUGUAGAGGAUUAGGGGUCCAGCACUAAUGAAUUCCAUGCAGAAAAAGCUAUUUUGCUUGUUCAGCGUGGAAGAGGAACAGUUGAGAAUGUAAUUCCCUGCCAUCUAAACAACAUAUAUCGUGCCUUGUUGCAAGGAGUGAUUAAUAUGAUGUCCAUAUGGUUAAUGUUGUGGUUAUCUUUUCCAUUCUAUCCCCAUAGCCUCUCCUUUCUUUUUUCUCCCUGAAGCAGUCUCCACUGUACAUAGAGUUGUAGGUAUGUAAAUACAUUGAUAUAUGAGCCAACACUGAACAUGUCAGGUUGAGUAUUAGGAAUUAUUCGGUUUUGUCCAAAAAAAGGCUCUUGUUUGGUGAAGAAUGGUUUCUUCAUGGUUGUUCUCUUUGUCUUAAUCUGAAUAAUUCCUGUGCUUUCUUUGUCAAUCUGAAAUAUGAAUUAUACAUGAAUCAGUUUUUAUCCAAAUCAGGUUGGCCUCUUAUUUAGAUUCUUCUGUUGGAGACAGUUUGGAAAUAUUUCUUGUACGUCAUACUCCAUUCUAUGCUCUGUCUUGACGAAUACAUGUUCAGGUAUUUUCGGCUUUUGGCUUUGUGCACAAAAUUGCUACCUUUGAAAAAGCAGCUGGCUUUCAGGCUUUAAUUCAAUUCACUGAUUCGGAGACAGCUUCUUCAGCAAGGAAUGCAUUAGAUGGCAGAAGUAUACCAAGAUACUUGCUGCCAGAACAUGUUGGUUCAUGUAACUUGAGAAUCUCAUACUCUGCCCACACUGAUCUUAAUAUUAAGUUCCAGUCUCACAGAAGCAGGGGGUUAGUGAAGCUUUGUAGCAGGCACACAGAUGUGUUUUCAUGGCAACUUAGUAAUUUCCUACUUCUUUGUUUGUAUCUCUUGGAUGUGAUCAAUAUUGUUGUGGCUAUUACUGCUUCUGAGAUGCUUGAAACUUAGUAAUCACUUCUUUAGAGAAAUUAGUUUAAUCAUUUAUAGAAAGUAUUACUUUGCCUUUAUGGACUGUUUCAAUCAAAAUCUGUAAUGUUUAUUUUUUAUAUCGUGAUUGAAAUGCUACCUUGUCAUAAUUGUUCCACUGGUUAAUAGAAUGAGUUAGUUUUGGCUUAAGAAGCUGCUACCUAGGCAGUUGCAAGUGCGUAUGUAAUUCUUUUUCUAAUAACGAAUUAAGAGCGUGUCAAGAACCUAAGGCCCACCUAGGGUAAGCCAGGAAACUCAUGUUCUUCCCUGCUGAAGAGUGAGUACUGUUGAACUUUUCUUGCUGCAAUUCUAUGAAAGUAGAUGUCCUUUUGCAGGAUAUAAUUUAUCAAUUUCCAUACCAGACGUUACUCACUUACUCUAGUGUUCAUGAUAGCAUUAUCCAGCCAAUUGAAAAGCCACAAAGCUAGCAAUAAUGUAUACUAUAUGAUUUCGGCUACACUGCUGAGUUAACUAUGUCUUCAAUGUUUGUGUGAUACAUGUGUCUUUCAUGCUCUGCAGGGACUAUACAAAUCCGUACUUGCCUGUGAAUCCUACUGCCAUUGAUGGGUCUCUGCAGCUUGCUGUAGGCCCGGAUGGAAGGAAGAAAGAACCUGAGAGUAAUGUUCUACUUGCAUCAAUAGAGAAUAUGCAGUAUGCUGUUACCGUGGAUGUUCUUCAUACGGUGUUUUCAGCUUUUGGUAACGUGCAGAAGAUUGCAAUAUUUGAGAAGAAUGGCAGUACUCAGGCACUAAUUCAGUAUCCUGAUAUUGCAACGGCAUCUGUAGCGAAGGAAGCUUUAGAGGGACACUGCAUUUAUGAUGGUGGCUAUUGUAAGCUUCAUCUAUCAUACUCUCGUCAUACUGAUCUCAAUGUAAAGGCUUACAGUGAUAAGAGCAGAGACUAUACAAUCCCAGACGCUAGUUUGCUUGCUGCAUCAUCACAAAUCCCAUGGCAGAAUCAUCAAGCUAUGCCAGCAUAUGGUGGGAAUGCAUACAAUGCUCCCCCAGGUGUGCCCGGUAUGCCACAUCAAGCUCCCACUGGCCAGUCGCCCGGUCCAGGACCAGGCUAUGGCUCAAACCCAGGAUCUUAUGGUGGUCAUACAUCAUAUCAACCACAACCGCCUAUGCAUCCGUAUGGCAAUACUGCAGCUGGUCCUCCUCAUUCAUCCCCUCACAUCUCAUAGGGCAGCGCAGCUCAUCCUGGAGUCCACCUGAAUUUGUGAUCUGGUGCGGUGCUUCACACUCGAGGUCAGCUUUCCUGUCGUGGGUGGAUGAUGUAUUUUAUGUGGUAGAUGGGUUUCCUGAGCUUCAAUGACAGUGAGUGUGUAAUGUUUAAUCAGGAAAAAUCAUAUGUUUACCAUAUUGAUAGAUGAUGCUUAUCAAACAAUCCUUUUGCAUCGAACCAUGUCCUUAUACUGAGUAAUUCUGAGUACUGAUUGGUCCCUCAGCAACAAAUCCAAUUUUAGAAUUGUCAGCAUUUUCUGGUUUGAGUGUUGUUCUUGUAUGUGAAAUUGGGUUUGUUUUUGGUAUUGUC